AUGACAGAUAAAGAGGCAAUUGCCACCAACGCACAGAUCACUACAACUGAGAUGCCAUCGUUCAGCUCUAUGGUGGACAUUCCUUCAUACCAGGGUAUUUCUUCAAGAGCAGUCUCAAUGAACCUGACUAUUACAGAGGUAGUGGAGCAUCACCUGAGGGUCAACAUUAAGACCUUGGUCAACUGUUCCAACAGGCCACUAAAAUUAAUGGUGACAUACUUUAACACUACUGAUUUCUCAAAUAACUUUUCAGAAAGCCUAACUAUCUUACUAACUAGUGUGAUGAUCUUUAUAGCAGUUAUGGAUGUCAUUGGAAAUGCCUUGGUUAUUGCAUCUGUCUUGAAAAACAAGAAAUUGAGAAAUGCCGGAAAUGUCUUUGUGAUUAAUUUAGCAGUUGGAGACCUAAUGGUUGGCUUAUAUACCUACCCCUUAGUUUCUGUUGCCACUCUAUAUAAUAAAUGGAUCGUAGGAGACGCUCAGUGCAAGAUUUCUUCAAUGAUUCACACUUUAAGUUUCUACAUAUCUGUAUACAGCAUCCUGGGUAUUGCAAUCAACCGCUACUGUUGCAUUUGCUACAGCCUCAGUUAUGAUAAAUUUUACAGUAUGAAGAGCACGUGUUGUUAUGUUUUACUAAUUUGGUCAUUCAGCAUCAUUUUGCUCAUACCAGGUAUAGUCUUUGAUGCAUUACAGUAUGAUGAAAGAGUACAUUUCUGUGCUAUAAAAUUUACAGCAAAUCCAACUUUAACAGGGACUCUAGCUGUAUUGCACUUCAUCAUACCUGUGAUUAUUGUAAUUUUCUGCUAUUUAAGGAUCUGGAUCUUGGUCAUCCAAGUCAAGUAUCGUGUUAGACAGGACAGCAAACAGAAAUUAAAACCAGCUGAAGUGCGUAAUUUCAUCACCAUGUUUGCAGUGUUUGUUCUUUUUGCAGUUUGCUGGAGUCCAUUUAGCAUUCCUGCCCUGGUAGUGGGAUUAAAUCCCAAAGGAUUGGCUUCUGAGCUCCCCAGUUGGCUGUACAUAUUUGGGUACUUCACUGCUUCAUUCAACAGCUGUCUGAAUGGUAUUGUUUAUGGUGUCCUUAAUCAAAACUUCAGGCAGGAGUACAAGAGAAUUCUCAUGAUUCUUUUCACUGCUGUAUCUUCAAGGUGA